AGCUAGCUACAAAACAUCUUAUCUAUAGUCUGAAUACCAAUUUUAUGCAAAUGUUUAUUUUUAUUUCAAGUUGACAAGCUAUAUAGUCACCAGGGGAAUAAUUUGCCGUGCUCGUGACAUGUAUUUUGUCUGUAAAAACCUGUUGCUUCCAAAAUGUGCAUCUUUAACAGAGCUAGUGUUAGCUAGCUUGAUAAUACUGUACCACAGAACAAUGAGGUUAGGUUAUACACAUCUUUGACUGUACUCUCGUUGGUACCAGUCUGCCUGCUCCAACUCAGCUGUCACAACUUUCUCUGUAUCGAGAGUUCUCCAACACCAACAUGGGUUGGAGUUCCUACAUGACUAUAUCUCCAUGUUUACAGCCCGUGUUUACAGAUGACAGACAAGAGGGACCAUUUGUUCUAAGAAAAGGACUUCUCAACCUUGUCAGGGUGUGGACAAGACUAGUAAAUUAAUGGCUCCUUUCUGAAACCAACACUGCACAAUAAGGAUCCAGCAUGUUAAACUCAGGGUUCAUCCCCAUAUUCUUCAAGCUGAGACAAUAACAGAGCUUCUGCAUUCAUCUGUGGGAGUCACAGCAUGGGUAUCCUGAGGGUUCUAGUCAACACUAUGGGUAGAGUCAGCACCUUCAGGUCCUAUCAGUUUGUCCUCCUCCUCACGGCAGCGCUGGCCGUUGUAGCCUUCUACUUCUUUGGGUCGGAGAGGCAUGAUUUCUCCAGCACCACCAAGCGCAUCAAGCAGACCCAGGCCAGCCACAACACCAACCGGAACGAUGCAGACCUUUCCUUGGACACCAGGCUGGUGCACCCUGAGGGAGGAGAGUUGGAGAGGGAUGGAGAGGAGGGUGAAGUCAGGGCUAGGAGGGCAGACAGUGGGCAUGAGGUCAGCCAGUACUACCAUGCCCUCAUGAUGUUCACGAAGGUGGACAAGAGCCGAAGCUUGCAGGAGAAGUUCCGGGUGGCCAUGUUAUCCAUGGCGAAAUACAGCCUCUUCCUGGACAAAGAGGUGCUUGUCCUUCAUUUUGUGAGCGACGAGGCCAGCCGAGAGCUGGGCGAGAGGAUGCUCCCGGAGCUGCUCCUCGUCGGAACUUUUCAGUAUGAGGUGGUGUUCCAUGACGUGGGGGUCCUGAGCCAGAAGCUCUUCCCCAUCGUGGAGGCCAUGCAGAAGCACUUCAGUGCCGGCUCCGGGGCCUACUAUAGUGACGCCAUCUUCUUCCUGUCAGUGGCCAUGCACCACAUCAUGCCCGCAGAUCUGCAGCGCAUUGUACAGCUGGACCUGGAUCUGAAGUACAGGAGCAACAUCAGGGAGCUGUUUCUGGAGUUUGAUCGAUUCCCUCUCGGAGCUGUGAUCGGCAUCGCCCGAGAGAUGCAGCCGGUAUACAGACACACCUUCUGGCAGUACCGUAAGGAGAACCCUCAGUCCCGUGUGGGGGAGCCUCCUCCCGACGGCUUGCCGGGCUUCAACAGUGGAGUGAUGCUGCUGGACCUAGGGGCCAUGCGGACCUCGGCCCUCUACAACCAACUCCUGGAGCCCAGAAACGUGGCCCAGCUGGCUGACCAGUACCACUUCAGGGGCCACCUGGGGGACCAGGACUUCUUCAGCAUGAUCGGCAUGGAACACCCAGGGCUGUUCCACCAGUUGGCCUGUGGCUGGAACCGCCAGCUGUGUACCUGGUGGAGGGAGCAUGGAUACGGGGACGUGUUCCAGCUCUAUUACCGCUGUGAGGGGCCAGUGUAUAUCUACCAUGGAAACUGUAAUACGCCCAUACCCGAUGACUGAGUUGGGACCUCGUAAUGUGUUUCCCUAAAUGGUGGGUCUGUUUUGUGGUUAACUCAUUGGAAGUUGUGGCUCAAGACUGGGUUCUGGAUAGAAAGAAGAUAUUAGCUACACAACUUUCUGGGUCACAACAAAACUCCAAAAAAGGCCUUAGUUUGGCCAUGUGGCAACAAAAGUUUUGGAACCAAAACCAUUUCUGUACUGUACCACUGCUACUGUAAACAUUGCUCCCACUCCUGCCCCCUGCUGGACAGGUGUGCAAUACAGUCAGUACAAGGCAUCUCACUCACUCCACUAAUGUCAAGUGAUGCUAAUGAUAAACGUGGAGCAUAAAGAGACCUUGCUGGUGAAAAUUGCCGAAUGCCAUACUUUGUUCUCUCAGUUCACUUUUUGGAACAUUUAACAUUCUUGAAAAAUGUUGGACUGUGGUAUAAAAAAGAAUGGUUAGCAUGCAUAAGAGAAAAUGGCAAACCUUCACCAACAAAAAUAACUCUUGACAUUGAAAAUUCCUGACAAACUGUAAUAAUACCCUGGCGUAAUGUAUGAGAGAAUAUGAGCUCAUUAGUGUGAGUAUUUUAUCUGUGCUAAUGUGUUUGCUGUGUAUCAUGGUAGUCUGUCUGGAUUUGUCUGUCUCUCUCUCUUUUCUCCCUCUAAUCAGCGCAAGAUUAGGUGAGGGUUAAUAAUCAGUGCUCCUUCACUGCCCGCCCCGGAGUAGUGAACUACAUGUAGUUCAACUAGUGAUUUAACUACAUUUUGCAGUAGGUUGGUGGUAGUUUAACUAAAUUCAAAUCUUGGUAGUGUUUUCAGUAGUUAAUUACUUGUUUUGCUAUGUAGGGAUGUAGAUAACUACUGGAAUUACACACUAGUUCUUUUGCAAAAAUAAAAUAUAUGUGCUGUAUGCAAUCAUUUCAUUUCUUUUACAAAGCAUCAGACCUGCGUAAAUCUCACUUGAAACAUAAUUUUUGUGUUAAAUAGGCAAAUUUACACCUUCUGGUUGCAUAUCACCCCAAAGUGUAGUCUAUGGCAUUUCAGAUUUUUUCAUCUAGUAGUGUGGAUGUAGUGAAGUACUUUUUCAAAGUAACUUUAGUUAACCUCACUAGGGUAUGUGUGACGGUAGCGUCCCACCUUGUCAACAGCCA